AUGUCUUCCAUCAUCCGCAACCUCCUCGCGCUCAGCGCUGUCGCCGCUGUCGCCGUCGCUCAAGACCCAGCCUCGCCACCCCCCAAGCUCGACGCUCCCUGCGCCGAUGCCGUCAUCUUCAUGGCCCGCGGUAACACUGCGCCGUACCACGACUGGCGUACAUUCCCCUACGCCGACGCUACGUGCGCCAAACUAAGGGCUGAGGGCAAGACCUGCGACUACAUUGAGAUUGUAUUCCCGUACGGCGGCGACUACUGCAAACAGAUUGGCGAGGGAGUCCGCAACGGUCUAUCCCAGAUCACUGCUUUCAACAAGAAGUGCCCUUGCACGCACCUCAUCCUCAAUGGCUUCUCUCAGGGUGCCUGGAUUAUGGGUGAUGUCCUUGCUGGACCUGGUGGAUGCUCCCAGAUCACCACUGGUCUAGACCCUACCUCGGCUCCUGGUAAUGCUAUUGCUGCUGCUCUCCUCUGGGGCGAUGUCAAGCACGAGAAGAACAUGCCAUACAACGUUGGCGACGGCUCUGAUCUACAGAAGAACGGUCGCGACGCCACCUCUCUUGCGCGCCUGAACCGCUACGCACCCGUUCUGCGCUCUUACUGCUCUAAGGGAGACCCAAUCUGCGCCGGCGGCGACGACGUCGACAAGCACUUGACCCUCUUUGAGAAGUACACCGAGGACGCCUCGAACUGGACCGUUGGAAAGAUCAAUGCCGCCGCCCCUCUAUGUGCCGCUCCCACACCUACGCCCAGCGCUUCUUCUUCUGCCGUCGCCUCGUCUGUUCGCGUUGCCGGUGUUGCAUCUUCAAGCGCUGCUGUUUCCUCCAGUGUUGCUGCUUCCUCUAGCGUUGCUGCUUCCUCUGGCGUUGCUGCUCCCUCUGGCGCUGCUGCCUACUCUGGUGCUGCUGCCUCCUCCAGUGUCGCCGCUCUUCCCGCUGCCCCUACAUCUCCAGUUUACGUUGCUCCCUUCACUGCUCCCCAGCCAUACAAUGACAUGUGCGUUCCCGACAUCACGAUCAAGUAUGUCUACGUUUAA